AUGGCCGAGCCGUGGAGAUCGUUGGAGCAUAUCGAAUGGCAGCUGAUCCGUGGCGUGCCCGUUCCGGAAGUGUUGGACGAUAGUUUACAAGGCAAGGUCCUGAGCGGCAGGUACGACCAAGUGUUGCGUUCGGCGACCAGCCACAAGUUGGCCGCACAGGUAGCGAAGCAUGUUCAAUGUCUGCAUACGACAGCCACGCCCGACGUGUUCUCCACGCUUGCACUAGAUGUAAACAUGUCCGAUACGGCAUCUGCAUUGGAUACGCUGUGUGUUGCGGUUGCCGCGCUGCAAGCAUUCGUCCAGCUGAACUGGACAGGUCCCGAUUUUCUGUUGGCGCCCGCUGCACUGCUGCACAUGUGCGGCGCCCAGUACUUCCCGCAGCGUGUGCCCAACGAUGAAGACGCCUAUAUGGCCUUCUCCAAGUCGUUAAAUGCCGCAUGCCUCGAAUCGCUCACACAAGCGGGCGAACCAGCAUACCACUUGGCGAAAGGUCCCUUUUACCUGGUCUAUGCACGCCAAAUUUUGGGCGCGCUCGAACGGAACGACAAAGGUGGGCAUUUGCAGACGCUUCCAUGGUGGGAUUUGCGUGUCGGCGGCGUGCAUAGGCGCCUUCUGGAUGAUGCCGUUGAGCCCAAUGCACAAACACUGGAGAAAAUGCAGGCGAUUAUAGAACAAUGCAAGCAGCGUGCAGCCAUCGAACCAGACGUUGCUAACGGAUGGGGCACGAUGGCAGCGCGUGCGAUACUCGAAGUUGCUAUUGCUCACCAGCGUGCCGGGAACGACCGCAAAGCCUCGGAGCUGCUUAUGGAGGCAGCAAAGACAAAUGCACUGGUGUAUGAAAUGACUGGCGCGCCCGGGAAGCGGACCAAGUUCCAAAAGGACGACAAGAUGCAGCUUGUGCUCCUUGCCGAGUCGCGCCACGUUGAAGAAGAUAGACCGGGCGAUGCUGUGCAGCGCACCGACAGCGUGGAUAACAGUGCCACGGUAAACCCUGCAGCGCAGGUGGACCACCAGCCCGCGAACCUGUCGCUGAACGACGAUACGCUCCUGGAGCAGACCAUGUUUACUUCUACUGCUGCGGACAAGUCGAGCCAGGUGCUUGCGCACAUCGACCCCGCCAACCAGCCUGCGCUCGCGGUCACGGACCAGUGCAUUCUUCUCGCACUGUGCCUCAACAUCCAAAAUACCCAGCCGUCGCACGGUCUGACGACCGAGCAAAUGUCGGUGUUUGUGGAACGCAUUCUCUCCCAUCCCCGAAACUGGAGCGUGCACACCAUGGCGCUUUUGUUGCGCUCCCGCUUGGAGGCGCAUCGCUCACGUACCGUAGACCGCUCUGCACUCCAGCUCCAGGCAUUGAUCGACCAAAUGCCCUCGAACGACAGCAGCUUGCGCGAGCGGAUGCGCUUUUUUUACAGCUUGGAGUUACCGCCGCAGUGGGAAAUGCAGGCGGAGCUUGCACGCAGGUAUGUUUCGAUCGGAGUGCUGCGCAGUGCGCUGGAAAUCUUUGAGCGUAUCGAGAUGUGGGACGAAGUGGUGCAGUGCCUGGGGCUGCUUGGACGCAAAGAAGAGGCCGUCGAGGUAGUACGCGAUCUCUUGCAGGGCCACAAGACCGAGGCAGAAGCGCUGCUUGCGCAGAAGCGCAACGAUACGCGGAAACAAGUGCAGUUUGCGCGCGCGCGCGAGGCGAAACUGUGGUGCUUAUUGGGCGACUUGGAUGUCGCACAUGCAGAGGACCACUACCAAAAAGCCUGGGAUAUUUCCAACGCUACGUCUGGGCGUGCUGCGCGCUCGCUCGGAGCCUACCAUUUUGCCCUCUCCGCAUUUGACAAGGCUGCGGCAUGGUUGCGCCGUGCAGUCCGAAUCAAUGCGCUCUUUACGCGCAGCUGGUUCAUGAUGGGAUGCAGCUAUAUGCGCAUGCAGCAGUGGGUCGAGGCUGCGUCUGCUUUCCGCAAGUGUACCGCCCUGGAAGAGGAGGAUGGAGAGAGCUGGAACAAUUUGGCCAACUGCUACUUGCAAAUGCACCAGUCGCAGAUGGAUCGGCUCGACAAGGUGUUUGAUGCAGCAGACGACGAUGCCGCGAGCAUGCAUAGCACCAGCACAGCCGCCGACUCGGGCGUCGGUCUCGAUGCGGACGACGAAGAAACUGGGAAACGGUCGACAAACGCGGCGUUCGAGCUUCGCGUGCUUGCGCACAAGGCGCUCGGCGUUGCGCUCAAGUACAACUUUGAUUCUUGGCGGGUGUGGUACAACUACAUGAUUGUGUCCAUCAAUGUGGGAAUGAUGCACGAGUCAGCGCGUGCGCUCGCACGCAUCGUCGAGAUCCGAAGUAAGGAAGCGAGUCAAAGCAGCGCCACGACGUCCUCUGUAGAGGACGUGGUCGAUUUCACCGUGCUGAACCGCAUUGUCGACGCUGUGAUCCAGACGCCGUGGGAUGAAGAUGACCCCUUGAUGCGCAGCCAAAACGAGGGACAUGGACUGCGUGCUGAUGUGCAGCGCCUGUUUGAAAAUACGCUCCUCCCCCGCUUCUCCACCAAUGCGGCAAUCCUGCAAGUGUACGCGCGCUUUCUUCUUUGGGCUCACGAGUACCGCAAGAUGCUUGAUGUACGCAUUAAGAGUUUCCGUUUUGGGCUCGGCGCACCCGAUGCUACUCAAGUCGUGACCGAUUUGCACACCUUUUGCCUCGCCAAGGACGAGCUGCAGGAUUUGGUGGACGCGCUGGAAAAUACGGGCACACGCCCAGCCGCGCCUGGCAGCACAGAGGAGGCCAUGCCAGACUGGAACUUCCAGGCGCGGACUCUGUUGCGCGCAUUCAUCGCGCGCACGCGCGAUAGCUUUGCCGACGAGCCGCACUUUGCGAGCCUCGCCGAGACCCUCCAAGGGCUUCGCACUAGUGUUUAG